GGCGUUGAUUGACCGGGCAGAACACACAUCAGCUCGACUGAACAUCAGAAGAAGCAGCAGCAUCAAGCAAUCUCAUCUAGCUACCACACUUGGAUCGACCGCCGUGAUCAGCAGUCACCAAUUCACCACCAUGCCGUCGAUUGACAAUGCCAACGACAAUAGCGAGAUCAAGCCGCCGGAGCAGCAGCUGGUUUGCGUGACGGGGGCAGGAGGCUUCAUCGGGUCCUGGGUGGUGAAGGAGCUCCUCCUCCGUGGCUACCGCGUCAGGGGAACCGCCAGGGAUCCUGCCAACAGCAAGAACGCGCACCUCCUUGCGCUGGAGGGAGCGGAGGAGAGGCUCACCCUGUGCCGCGCCGACCUUCUCAACUACGACAGCCUCCGCGCCGCUUUCACCGGCUGCCACGGCGUCUUCCACGUCGCCUCACCCGUCUCCAACGACCCCGAGCUCGUACCGGUCGCCGUGGAAGGGACAAGGAAUGUGAUCAGCGCGGCGGCGGACGCGGGCGUCCGGCGCGUGGUGUUCACUUCCUCUUACGGCGCCGUGCACAUGGACCCCAACCGGAGCCCUGACGCCGUGCUCGACGAGACCUGCUGGAGCGACUACGACUACUGCAAACAAUCAGGCAACCUGUACUGCUGCGCCAAGAUGAUGGCGGAGAUCACGGCGACAGAGGAGGCGGCCAAGCGGGGCCUGGAGCUGGCGGUGGUGGUGCCGUCCAUGACCAUGGGGCCCAUGCUGCAGCCGGCGCUCAACUUCAGCAGCGGCCACGUCGCCCGCUACCUCACCGGCGCAGUCGCCGCCUACCCCAACGCAGUCGCCGCCUACACCGACGUCCGCGACGUCGCCCGCGCCCACGUCCUCGCCUACCAGCGCCCCGACGCCCGCGGCCGGUACCUCUGCAUCGGCGCCGUGCUGCACCGCGCGCACUUGCUCAAGCUCCUCAAGGAACUGUUCCCGCAGUACCCGGUCACCGCCAAGUGCGAAGAUGACGGCAAGCCGAUGGCGAAGCCGUACAAGUUCUCAAACCAGAGGCUCAGGGACUUGGGUUUGGAGUUCACUCCACUCAGGGAAAGUUUGUACGAGACGGUGACGUGCUUACAAAAAAAUGGCCACCUGCCUCUGCCCGCUACCAUGGCGCCCAAGCGUGCAUACCUAUAAUACAACAAGACGCGGCCAAGAAACACAGAGGAUUCUCGCGAGGUUCACCAUGGAAUUGUGUAUUUAAGAAAGGUUGAGAUGUUAUUUUUUUAUUAUGUUUUGAAGAAGUAGGGAUAACCAGUACUAUAUACCGGAGGCAAGUGCAACAAUGUAAAUAGUCGUGCAACUCUUGAUGGGCGAUAAGGUAUCGUGAAUUGGCGGGGAAAAUA